AAAUCUUUUUUUCCUUGUAUCCACUGUUUGCUCCUGUCCAGAGAAAAAUCCAGGAACAUGCAGACAACCUAUACAGUUUUAUGUAUAAUAAGCAGCUGCCACUUUUAAAAGCUUUAAAAACACAACCUACAAAAUCAGCAAACCUGCUAUGGGAGAUCUUCAGAAAGUUCUUGACAGAGGAGAAUAUAUUCCCUUGAAAUCUGCUCCUGUAUUUGAAAGUAAAUUUGUUCAGGUAAAUAGGAAAGGUGGAUCAAUUUACCUUCAUAAUCGUCCCAACUAUGUGACUGUAGGCAUAUGUGCCUCUAGCACAAAAUUGUCAAUGCCAAAUGUAAUGCUGCUUGCCAAUUCAUCUCCCUAUUCCUCCAAAGAAAACCUUUCAGCCUAUCCACCAUCUACCCAGCCCUCACAUUCUAAAGAAGAACUGGUACUCACCAGGUUCCUGCCUUUGCAGUUUGUAGAUCUCUCCGUUCACUCCGCAAGUAAGAGACGGCUGAAGCUUAAGUUGGUGAAUGGUCGCUCCUACUACCUAGAACUCUGCGCUUCACCACAGAAGCAGAGUGAGAUAUUCUCUCAGUGGGUGCGGCUCAUCAAUCUGCUGAAAUCUAAAUCUGAAGGGCCUUCAAUUAAUACUCUUUAUAAGGAUUUUGAAACCCAGGAGGACAAUAAAGUCAUCAGGAAUAAAACAGGAAUACAAGAAAAAAACACAAUAGAACCUCUUAAAAAUCAAACAGCCAGUCAAGAGUCAACAGAACUCAGUAAGAAACCAUCUUCCAAGCGUGUCACCUAUUCAGAUGUUGUGGGUUCUAUUGCACAAUUUCAGAACAAGAGCCAACCAAUAGUUUCUUCUGACAGCUACAUGAAACAGCCCCAUGCAGACUCAGUGAAACAAAACAAAUUCAGUCAAGAAUUAAGGGGGACCCCUACCAGAAAGAAAAGGUCUAGGGAAAGGGCUCCUUUUUCCAGAAGUGAAAAACGACUGCAGUCUUCAGUAAUUUCCAGUGUAGCUGUUUUCCCCCUGAUUACCCUUUCUUUCCCACUUCUGCUUUAAAUCACUAUGCUUUCAAAAAUUUACAGUUUUCUUGUACCUCAGAUCCUCUACCACACUUCACACAUACACCCCAUUUCUUUGAUAUAUUCUUCUCAAUACAUGCAUGCCAAGGAGUUCAUUUGUUUUCAAAACAGUGCUUUCCCCAGUUUUUCAACAGCCAUAAGAUCUACUUUUAAAAUUGUAUUUCACAGAACUAUCUUAGCUAUGUUCGUGUUACACCAAAUAACUGAGAUACACAGCAGCAAUUUAUAAUUGAUAAAACAAUUGAUGUUUUAAAAACUAUCCUUUCAACCUAGGGAUAGCAAUUCUCAUGUAUCUUUGAAAUGGAUGAAAGAGAACAACUAGCUUGUAAGCAGGUAUAGUUCUAAUUAUAAACAUUAAUUAACAACUUUAAAAGACUGAUAGUUGACUAAAGUUGGGAAAACGAAAGUCAGUUUUGUCUAAAUCCUCAAAUCCUCAAAGCCCUGCCCAAUCCGGCUAUACACGCAUACUUCCUUUUGAUGCUUUUUCCUCUAUUUCUCUUCUUUUUCUCUUACUUUUUAAUCUGUUUCUCUGGGCUAUAUUUUCCUCAUGUUCCUC